AUGCGGAAAGGUGAUGCCUCAAAGCAAGUCGGAGCUGCACCAUUAUACUGGUGGUUGCUUAGCAAAGCUGAUUUGCAUCAAUACAAUUGCCUUCGUCUUGCAUUAACUUCAAGCGAGAGCAAAAAUCAACGGAACCGCAGAAUUGCUACUUUCACAGAAGCGAUCGAAGCUGUUCGAGUAUUCGCUGUAAGAGGGGAUCAGUAUGAUAGAAUUAGAUGCUUAGUUUGUGGGAUUGCAUGGCUUCCGGAAGGUCUUGCAAUUAAUACACAUCAACUCAAGCUCUUGAUAUCUAGAUGUAAAUCAUCAAUAAAUGGAAGCUUCCAGAAAUUGGGCUUCACAGAAAAACUACGACGACUUGCCGCUGCAAACGCUUUAAUUUCCGUUUAUCCAUUUCUAAACGAGAAUACAUCAGAGCUAAGAAAGUGGUCAGUUAGAAAAAGGCCAGCCAAUUUUAACCAAGUUCCUCAAGAAACACAACAAAUUACAAACACUCAGCAAAACGUUGAACAAAAUCAAGUGAAACCACCACAAGUAAAGCAGGAAGUUGAACAAGGAAAAGACAUAUGGGAGCAAAUAGAAAUGACUGAUCAACAAGAGAGUAUCUUUUGGAACUAA